AUGCGCCCUUGGUCCACGUCCAGUGCAGUGGACUUUUUUCUCCUCCCUCCUCCCCUCGAGCCUCCCCUCCUCUCCGCUCUACACAAGGGCCUACGUCCGUCCCGAGCCGAUCCGUCGUUUUCGGAAUGUCCUUCCCUCCUAGUUUCUACCUGAUGUUCUCUCUAGACCAACACGCGUGUACGCUAAAAGGGGGAUUCUGUUCAAAGUCGACGGAUCGGCGUUACCCCUACCUCUCGCUGCUACCCCACCUGCUCCAUUCUAAUUCACAUGAUGAGAUUGCGUCACAACUUUUAA